UUUUUAUGUUCACUGAAAGUAUUCAACAACAAAAUAAAACUAAUACAAAUAAAUUUAUUUAUUUGUGCGGAGGUUUUAGUAUUGAUCAAUAUUCAGCAAAAUGUAUAAAAUAUGAUGAAAAUCAAGGCAAUUGGCAAUCAAUUAAAAAUAUGAAUUAUCAACGUGGAUAUUUCAGUUUGGUAACUUAUGAUGAAAAUCUUUAUGCUAUUGGAGGAUUGAAUAAAGCUCAGUCACAACAGUAUAACAAUGAAUUAAGCUCAGUCGAAACAUAUGAUCCAAAAUCAACUAAUUGGACAUUAUCUAAACCGUUAAAUAUUAAAAGAUUAGCUAUGAGUUCAACUGUUAUUGAAAAUAAAAUUUAUGUAUGUGGUGGCUAUAAUAAUGGAAAAGCUAUUAAAUCAUGUGAAACGUUUUCAUCAAAAACAAAUUUAUGGCAAUUUAUUAAACCAAUGAUUUUAGCAAGAUAUAAUUUUCAACUAAUAGCAAACAAUGGUUUUAUUUAUGCUAUCGGAGGAUCUGGAUUAUAUUCUUCAGUUGAAAGAUAUAGCUUAAAAACUAAUCAAUGGAAUUUUAUACAGAAUACAAACUAUCCAAGAGAUUCAUUUGGUGCAACUGUAUUUUUAAAUACAAUUUAUAUCUGUGGUGGUCUAAAUAGUGAAAAAACUUGCGAAAAAUAUGAUUCAGAUAAAAAUACAUGGAUAACUAUUUCAUCAUUUAUCAAUCCAAGGUAUUUUUUUCAAAUAAUUGCUUUCAAUUACAAAAUAUUUGCAUUGGGAUCAGAAAGACAAGAUUACAGUAGUUCAGUUGAGAUUUAUGAUUAUAAAUCUGAUCAAUGGUUUCUAACCGAUUCACUACCAUAUGAUGCCAACAAUCAUGCGGUUGCAGUUUUAUAAUUAGAUAUUUUUUAAAUACAUAAUAUUAUAAUAAUAUAAUAAUAUUAUAU